UUUGUAUAUUUUUUGCAUAAUAUGUGCAAUAUUUGCAUUUUUGCAAUUUUAAAUUUCCUAUAAAUGCAUAAAAAUUCAUUGUCUAAAUAUAACAUCUCACAUCCAGUACAUAAUAAAAAAAAGACGACUGAGAAAGAUAUUAAUUUCACAUUAUCGUGAUAACAAAUUUAAUCAGUUAAAUAACAUUUCUCAUAACUACUACUUGAGGGAAAAAGUUUUAAUUUAGCAAUUAGGGAUUUAAAUAAAUUUCAAAUUCUCUGUUCCUUCUGAUAAAACAGUUUCUUAGGAGGCGGGCAUUACAUCGACGUCAACGCAGAUCGAUAGCUUUACUCACGGUAUGAAUCUACAGUAUCUUGAGAACAGUUCACGGUAAUUCGUCAUCCAUUUCUCUAAACAGUUGGCAGAAUUUGUGCGUGCUGUGUGCGCUAGUCUGCCGACGGCGUCCGUUCGUAGGAAAGAGAGGAGACAUUGGAAGGAGCCCUUUUGUCAAAUUAAAGGAAAUCAAGUUCGGAUUGAGAAGUAACUCUGAUAGUCGGGUAAAAGAGAAAUCAAGAAAGUCCGGAGGUUAACAAGGUGAUAGUUGAGCUGCGUUUUGGAUUCUUUGACCUCUUGAACUCCCCGCGAGUUUUUUCUUCCCGCGAGGUGAAUAACAGUGGUACAUAGACAAACCCCUGACCCCUCCGCUGAAGCUUCGCGCUUCGGCGCCUAGACUAUAUUAGAAGAAAGGAAAAAGAAAUUGCGGAAGCGGGGAGGUUAAGAGGACGGCACGAAAGGGAGAACGCGCCGUCCAUCACCAUGAAGCUCGUUGACCACGUGGUGAGGAGCUUCAAGGUGGCCAAAGUUUUCCGUGAAAAUUCCGAUCGCAUAAAUAGCAUCGAUUUUUCACCAAACGGGGAUACUUUGAUCUCCUGCUCGGAAGAUGACCAGAUCGUGAUAUAUGACUGUGAGAAAGGCACUCAGGUGCGUACAGUCAAUUCCAAGAAAUAUGGUGUAGAUUUAAUCCAUUUCACCCAUGCAAAGAAUACUGCAAUACACAGCAGUACAAAAAUUGAUGACACCAUCCGUUAUCUAAGCUUGCAUGAUAAUAAGUAUAUCAGAUAUUUCCCAGGUCAUAGCAAGAAAGUUGUAUCAUUAUGUAUCAGCCCUAUAGAAGAUACAUUUCUUUCUGGAUCUUUAGAUAAAUCAUUAAGACUAUGGGACUUACGUUCUCCUAAUUGUCAUGGUGUUAUGAAUGUUUCGGGACGUCCAGUUGCUGCAUAUGAUCCAGAGGGUCUGAUUUUCGCAGCAGGUGUCAAUUCAGAGUUCUUGAAGCUGUAUGAUCUACGCAGUUUCGACAAAGGGCCAUUUGUUACAUUUAAAUUAUCUCAAGAGAAGGAAUGUGAUUGGACAGGACUAAAGUUUAGUAGAGAUGGUAAAACCAUUUUGAUCUCUACAAAUGGCAGUACAAUCCGUUUGAUUGAUGCCUUUCAUGGUACUCCGCUACAAACAUUUGCUGGUUAUUUGAACAACAAAGGAAUUGCAAUUGAAGCCAGCUUUAGUCCUGAUUCACAGUUUGUAUUUAGUGGAUCUACAGAUGGGAGAGUGCAUGUAUGGAAUGCCGAAACUGGAUACAAAGUUUGUGUGCUUAAUGGAGAUCACCCUGCACCAGUUCAGUGUAUUCAAUUUAAUCCUAAGUAUAUGAUGUUAGCAUCUGCCUGUACCAAUAUGGCAUUUUGGUUGCCUACUAUUGACGAAAAUGCAUAAAAUCAAUGCAUCAAAUACUGGGCAAUGCUUGCUAGAAUUUACCUAAUUUUGUGCAAGAAGGAACUGAAAAUGACAUCGGUUCAAGGAGGGAAUAACAAUAAUUCUUGGGUAUUUCAAAUGAGCAGAAAUUGCAUUUACAUUAUGUACAAGGUUAACUAACCGACGUAUGAGACGCCGGUGCUGGAACAAACCCAAGCAACAGAAAAAAUGGCUACAAUAUCCAGGAAAUUGGCCCGCUUGGCUCAUUGGCUUGCUUUGAGUAUGUCAUGCAUGGUUUAUGUAUUUUGCCAUUUUCAUCUUCAUCGUCAUAUACUCUGUGGCGCGAUGAACGUGACCAUCAUAAUACCUUGCCAAUAUUUAAAAAUCGUGAUACACCAUCACUUCUCUUAUUUCUCAAAGUAUGCUACAAAUAUUGCUAGUAUUUGGAUAUGUCAUCUUGUGUACAUAAUUCCUUCUUGUGUACCUGUGUGUAGUAACGAUACAGAAUUAUCUAUACCAUACAGACAUCUGAACAGUUUGACCAUACUUUGGCAAAACCAAUAACUGCAAUAAUUAUUUUGAUUCACUGCACUAAAAAAGAAAUUAACAUAUAUUAUAUUACCAAUAGAAUAUAUUUGUAUAGAUUUUUUAAUUGAAACAUUUUGAUGUUAUUCACUUGACAUAAGUUUGUACAGCACAAAAAAAGAAAAAAGAAUAGUUCUUUUAUUAAUACUUCGAAAACAAAUCGAAUUCUAUAUCUACUAUAUGAAAUUUUACAUUUUAUUCUAUGAUACAUAAUUAGUUGAUGAAAAGAAGAAUUGUAGUCGCUGAUAUCGCGCAUGGAGAAAUUGUUAUAAUCAUAUUGCAUUAACACAUAUCUCAACAAAUUGAUUCAUUAAUUAAAUUUGCUAGUGGCCGUCCGAAAUCAGGGAUAUUUUUCGUAACCUCAUUAUGAACGGGCGUUCACUUGAAAUUCAAUGAUUAUACGACCUCGUUGCGCGCAAGAACGAUAGGAUAUCGAGCUUAUUUAUUAUGCGCAAUAAACAUGUGAAAUGUCUUAAAUAGACACUUCGUUGACGGCAGUAAAGUAUCUCGUGUUUCUACUACUUCCAUGCGAUAAAGGUAUAAUAAUUCUGAAAGUAUACUGCCAACGUUGGCACUUAUGUUAUUGUAUAUGUAUUAUUCUAGAUAUGGUAUCAUUUUUAAUCUACAUGCGUGGAACCGGCGGGCCGGGUGAGAAAACAUUCGAUGAUGGUAGGAAGUGCAGUUAAGUCUAAUCAUUUUCACAUAGUAGUUCGGUAAAUUUUAAUGUUUACAUGUAUGCGAUAAAGCAUUUUACUAUAAGACAACAGGUGCAUUGGAAUGAACAGGCAGCAUUUUAUUACAAAUUAAAAAAGAGAAAAAGAUAUAAAAAAGAAAAAAAAAGUUCGACAAUCCAUCCUUUUAAUAUGAUAUAAUUGUAGUUAAAUGGCUGUUUCGUUUCAUUCUAUACGUAUAUAAGUCCAUACUUAAUAAAUUAUCGAAAUUGUAUUGUUUGCUUAGGAUAAAAAACUGAAGAUAUCGCGAAAACCGCGUCGAAAAGAAUAUCACACAAAAUUGUAUGACUUGUACUACAUAUUUACAACACUGCUCGUGCACAUUCUGUCUGUUCGAUUAUAUAGCCCUGCCUUCAUCAUACGUGUAUAUAUCAUUAUAUCCACAGUGUCCUCUAGAAUUUCUAGAUGUUUUCCUUAACAUACCUUAUGCAAGAGUAGAUGAUUGUAUUAUUCUAUACGAAAAAAACGCAUACGUAUGUGUAACAUGUAUGAUUGUGUUGCAUAUUUGCGUAUUGUCUAUUGAUUCUACAACAGUGUAUGAGUGCGUGUACGAAUGUCUCUUUGUGUGUAAUGUAUUCGCUUGUAUAUCUUCGAGGUCGGCGAGCUUUUGAAUGCAUUACUUGUGCGCUAAUGCACGAGAGUUCGCCACAUCUUGUAAAAUAGUAUUUUUCUAAGUGGCGAAACAGUGUACGCAAAGAUUGCGGUCUACGUCGAACAUGCGAAAAUGAAGAAAUACGAUUGUUAUUUAAAAACGUGUAUUGUACGUAAUUAACAAAAAAAGAAGACGAAUAUACGCCGAAUUUAACGAAUCAGAUCGAAGCAAAGAUUUCAUAUGGCACCCGAAAGAUAGACUCGAAGAAAUCAAAUCGUUUUGAAAGUACCAUGAUCGAUCCACGUAUAUAGAUUAAAAUACUUUCAUACUGCCAAAUAUAAUUGAAUAAAUUCAAGCCCAUGCCAAGAAUAAUCUCGAAUAUGAAUUUCUGUAAAUCGUUUAACAUGCGAAACACUGUGUUCCCAAACGGAAAAAGCGACAACUUGUAUAUAUUCUGGCAAGUUAACGACGGAACAUUAUCUAAUCGAUACAUUUACGUUCUUCCGUGAGCGGAGACGCGGAAAUUGAUCAUUGAUCGAUUAGAUUUUUCAGUGGUUAUAAGUCCACUUCAAUUUGUUUCCACGUUUAAAGCGUCAGUCAGGGGCAUAAAUAAACGAUUCUUUUUUCCUGAGAUUGUACAAAUCCUCGUAGAGUUGUAUAUAUAAAAACAAAAUUAUAUGAUAUUUUUUUUAUAAACAUCAGUCUUCAUUUAGUGAUUGUAUAUUUACAUUUUAUUGUCCACAACGGGGAUACACAAUCUAUAAAAAAGAAGGUAAUAUUGUACGAGCCAAGAACUUUUUAUUGUUAAAUCAUUUAGUUUAAUUUUUGUCAUAUUUAACUAUUUGAAUGAAGUAAAAGAAAUAUUAUUUCUAAACUCUACAAUAUCACUCAUUUACGCCUCUGUCAUGACCAUCGAUUUAUGCGGCCACUUAACAUAGGGAUUUAGAACUGAAUUAAGAUUAGGUGUAUAUUGUGUCAAUCGAAUGAAUUUUAACAAUUAUGAGAACGUUUUAUUAAAAUGCACUUAAAAAAAGAAAGACGCAAAAGUAAACAAAAGAUACUAAAUGUGAUGAUUCACUGAAGUAAUUAAUCUAUGUUCAAUUAUUCUAUAUAUUUAGAAACAUUUAUUUUGAAACGUUCUAGUUUUUGAGAGAUUUCUAAGUUCCUACGUUAAGUUUUGGUAAUGGGAUAACAGUCGACAUGCGUGUUUUGUAGAUGAAAUGUAGUCAUAUUCGUACUAAUUUUUAAUUGAAUUUUACGUUAUUCUGCGUAAGAGUUAAGCCGAUUAAUUAACACGUUAUGCGUAAUAGUGCAUUGUAGAUUCUUAGAGAACUAGGAACAUACGAAAACAAACGUGUUGUCAUUAUAAAAUGGAAAUUUCUGUUAUGUGACUGCAUCUUCUUCCAUUGAUGAGUUAAAAUAUGCACACCUUUAACGCUUACAUUUUAGCAGGAAAUUAACUUUGUAAACUUUCUUUUUUUUAUAUCUUUCUGAAACAUUUAAACGAUUUAUGAUAUUGAAUUAUUCUUGAAUACUUGGAACAUGUAUUGUGCAUAGUAAAUAUGAAGAGAUAUUUUAGUAUAUUAAAAGAGAAAAUCUUUUUACUUCCAUAUUAUAUGAAAAUUGCAAUAAAAAUUGAAAUAAGAAUUCAUUUUCUGUAAAGAAAGAAACAAAAUGUUUUGUGAUCGCAUUUACCUAUGUUCCAGUUCGCUAAGUCGAAACGACAAUUAACACAGAAUGAUGAAAUUUUCUUUCACUUUAAAUAUAACAGCAUAUCAGCGUGUUUAUUAGGGAAUUUUUAUUGAACGAACAUAUUUUUAAGCGUAAUUCACGAAAAAGAAUCUUUGAUGACAAUGUUCAAUUUAUAUAUAACAUUUACUGCGCAGAUAAAAGAUUUUUUUUUUUUUAAUCAAUUUAAAUAGAACGCGUGAAAGUUUCCUAAGAAAAACAAAUUCUAAUAAAACACUUUUUUUGUACAUUAAAAUUUGGUCUUAUCAUUUUAUUUCUAUGCUGAUUUCUAUUAACCGUUUUUAGAAACAUAAAUAAACCCUAACAUAGAAAAACAUAAUUUCACAUUUCUGUUGUAUGUAUACUUUGUAUAUUGUUUUAUUGCUGGCUGAUCAUGUCUAUGUUACUUUGCAAAAUCGUUAACAGUAUGGUAAUGUUGAAUAGCAAUUUUAAUCGCUAAAAUUACGUAACACGUAUGUUAAUGUAACAUAAUUACAUCUCUACAGUAAAAUCGAUAGAAUUUUUAGUAAUUAAAGCUGUGCAAAUAUUGCUUAAUAUGGUAUACGUGUAAUUCCCUUUUUCAUGCAAUAAAUUUAUCACUUAUGAUAUAUAGCUGUUGAUUAUACAUUUUGUUCAGACAUAGUAAAUAUAAAGAUGAGCUAUUAAUUUUUAUACUUUUGAGUGCAGCAUCAAUCAUAUUUUUUGUUAUGCUAAAAUUAUUUUCAUUAUGUUUCGUGAUACUAUUAUUUCUUCGCAAUAUUUAUAACAAUAUAAAAAUGCGAUAUAAACGGGUGUAUUAUGAUUUACAGUAAUCGCAACAUUCAUAGAUAUUGUAAAUUAUAAGGCAGAUUCUUAUGAAAUAAGUUUAAAUAAAAUGGAUAAUACUUUGGAAUUGAAUUUUAUUCUACUUAAAAUAAAAUUGUGUUUUUAAACAUUUUCGUACAAAAUUGAUGUUAUAAAGUAAUAUAUGAAUACUUUUCAUUGUCACAUUAUAUUAUAUUAUAUAAACAGAUUUUUCAUAUAGUACGAUGAUUAUUAUAAAGUAUAUAAAAAUAUCAGACAUAUUGUAUAAAAUAUACACAAAUUAUUGAAAAGAAUUUUUUAAAGAUAACAUAACAAGCUGACCUUUUAGAAUUAAUUUUACGUUAUAGUAAAAAAUACAAAAAGUUUUAUUUGUCUAUUGUCUGUAUAUGACAAAAUCUUUUUAUUUCCCCAAAAGUACUCUUGAUAUUAAAUCUUGCUUCAUCGUUUUUCAUAGUUUUGGUAUUACGGAUUAAACAUAUUAAACAAUCCAAUCUUGAGAAGUUUCUUAAUAUCUUUUUACUAUAAUUCAAUGUUAUUGGGUAUUGCUGAUAUUUAAGUUAAAAAUAAAAUACCUAUAGCAAUUCCACCAUGAAGUGGGAUAACAGAUUCUAAAUAUUUCAUCUAUAUAAUAAAUAAUUCAUAUUCAAAUAAUUCAUUUAUAUUUAGCAUUUAAAAUAUUUCUAUUUGUAAUUUUGAUUCGUGAAUUCAUAUUGAUUCUCCUGUAGUCUCAAAACCAUUCAUAACCAAAUCAUAAUGUAAUCCUUUAACCUAUAAAGGAACAAAUAAGUAUUUCACUUAUUAAAAUAAGUAUAUAGGUAUAUAUAAGUACUAAGCUCGUUAAUUAAUUAACAAGAAUACAGAAGACAGUGAAUAGUGGAUAGUCGAUUUAAGAAAGUGAAUUCUUUAUAAGAUAUUGCAUAUCAUCUGGAUGAGGUUGUAUGAAUAGAUGAUGCAUGGUUUCUAAUGAUUAAUGUUUAUCAGUAUUGAACAAAAAUAAAGGAAAUUCGGUGGUCCAUAAUAAUACAUUCCUUAUACGAAUUUUUUGAUUUUUACUUUAUAAGAAAUUUGUAAAUUCGAGAUGUACUUUUCCUAAUGAUAUCUACUGUAAUUUAAAUUUGAUGUUAAUAUAUAUAAUUGUUUAAUGUUAAUAUAUAUAUAUUUAAAUUAAUGAAUGUUGGAAACAUAAUAAAUUAAUAUGUAUUUAC